AUGAAGCAAGAAGCACAAUUGUUGGAACAAAACAAUCAGCAGGUUUUGGAAGGGAAGUUUCUAAAUUUUCCAGUUUUUACUAUUCAUUAUCUUAUUUUGGAAUAUGGCUAUUAUUAUACUGCUGAGCUUGGUAUAGAAGAUGUUUGGUUGAUAUCAUCAGUAGUAUCUGCAUGCUACGAAAUAAAAACUUUGCAAGCAGAUAACCGAUAUAUAUGUAUCAUUGAAAUUGCAGUGCCUUUAAGGAGACUAAAGUUGAUGCCUGAAAUACUUGUAACAUUAAAAAUUAUCAUGCUUUUUCAAUAUGACGGUGGCGGUCUGAAAGCACUUUUAUUUACAUCGUUCUAUGUAGCGUCGAAGAUUUCGGAAGAGCCAAGUACCCGAACAACGGAAUUUCGUAAGCGAGCAAUUGCCAAACGUUUUGGAAACGUAAUUUUGAUGAUGUCAGGAAUAAUAUCGGCUGCGCCGACAGUCAUUGAAAGCUAUCAGCUGAUGCGCCUAUUUAAAAUUGUUGUCUUCGAUGAUAUCUCUGAGCAGUUACUUUUUGAUAUUAUGGAAACAUAUUAA